GUGCCACUGCACGACGCGGCGGGGCCAGCGGCGACGGGCGGCGGGCUGACGGUGGAACACCACCCGCCGCACCACGGCGCUGACGGCCCAGGCUGGAGCUCCAUGCCCAGGCUGCAGACCACCGUGUCGGGGCACUGGCAAGAUGUGCAGGUGCCCAGCCACGAGGACGCCGCGUCGUUCCUGGGCCUCCGCGGCGCGCACGGCGUGAGCGCGGCGGACGUGUCCUCCGCCCACCACGGAGGAGGUGGCCACCCCGAGCACUCGUCGUUCUGCGGCGGCGCGGGCGCUGCGCCGGGCGGGAGCCACGAGGGCGAGGGGCCGCACGCGGAGCAGCGCCCAGGCCCCCCCGCGGACGCGGGGCACGGCCUCGAGCCCGACGCCGCCGCCAGCGGCAGCGGCGGCGGCGGCGGCGGCGCUCGCACACGUCCUUCCACAGCACGUCUUUCAAAGACAUGGACCCAGAGAUGGAGAAGGACUUCAAGCACUCCCAAGAAGCGUUUGCCGAAGCGGCCCGGCCGAACGCGACGCCGGAGGAGAGGGCCUUAG